AAAGUCCCUUACAGCCACAUCCUACAAUUGUCAGUGAACUGUGGGUGGACAGAGGAGAAAGCAGCAGUAUUUGAGUAAAACACGGCAGUAGUGGGGCAGACGGUGAGAGGCGUCGGCUUGUCUGAUCAGCUGAGGUUGACUGAAGCUAUCACUGUAAAGCAUGUGUGCUGCAGCUCUGGAGGAGUACUGUGGGUCCAUUUUUUGGAAUGCUACAUAUCUGAAGCGACCAGACCCAGACCUUCCACUAUGUGUGGAACAGACAGUUCUUGUAUGGAUCCCCCUUUGUUUCCUGUGGCUCUGUGCCCCAUGGCACCUGCUGGCUCUCUGUCAGAGUGCAAAUGUAAACACAAAUCCUGAAGCAGGUGCAGCAUUUUUGAGCAGAAUUACUUUAAACUGGUUAAACAGUAUGGUCUUAAAAGGCUACAAACAACCUCUGGUUCAGGAGGACAUGUGGGAUCUGAAUGAGAGUGAUAGCACUGCUUUCAUCAAUGAGCGUUUCCAGCAUUUCAUGAAGCCUGAGUUGGAUGCAGCUAGUGUCCGCUUCCAGAACAAGAUGAAAAAGAAAUCAGCUAAAACCAGAGACAGUGCCCAGGAAGACCCACAGCAAAAUGGGCUUUCCAGUGGUCUGGGGAAAGGAGUCAGUCAGGAUGUACUAACGAUGGAGGAAAGGGGGAAGAAGGAAGAUGAAAAGAAGAAAAAGGACAAUAAGGAGGAAGAGAACUAUCCCAAUUCAUGGCUGAUUACCACCAUUUACAAGACCUUUAAAAGGAUUCUGAUUGAAUCUUUCUGCUUCAAACUUCUGCAGGAUGUGUUAGCCUUUGUCAGUCCUCAGCUCCUUAAAUUGAUGAUCUCGUUCACUCAGGACAAAUCCAGAUAUGCCUGGGAGGGCUAUUUGUAUGCAGUAUACAGAGUAAGAAAAAAUAUCACUUAUAUGCUUCUCUUACUUAAUUUCCACCCCACUUUCUAAUUAAUUUGCCCUUUUUAUCCCUUUUCUAAGGCAUUAGUGGUGUCCAAUGACACUCGUAAGGAGUCUACAGUAGGGGAAAUGGUGAACCUGAUGUCAGCAGAUGCCCAGCGCUUCAAUGAUGUGACCAACUUUAUCCACCUGCUGUGGUCCUGCCCUCUGCAGAUCAUCAUAUCCAUUGUUUUCCUGUGGCUGGAGUUAGGACCUUCUGUGUUGGCAGGACUGGGAGUCAUGGUGUUAAUAAUUCCAACCAAUGCACUGCUAGCAACCAAGGCCAGAAAACUACAGAUAGAGAACAUGAACUUUAAAGAUAAGAGAAUGAAAAUCAUGAAUGAAAUUCUAAAUGGGAUAAAGAUUCUGAAGCUGUAUGCUUGGGAGCCAUCCUUCCAGAAGCAGGUGGAAGACAUUAGAGGGGAAGAACUAAAAGUCAUGAAGAAGUUUGCCUACCUACACUCCUUCUCCAUUCUUACCUCAUGCUGCAGUCCAGCUCUGGUUUCUCUGGCCACGUUUGCAGUAUUUGUUAGUGUGAGCAAUGAUAAUGUGUUAACUGCUGAGAAAGCUUUUACUUCCAUCUCUCUCUUCAACAUCCUCCGAGCUCCUCUUGCCAUGCUGCCCACGCUCAUUGCUUCCAUUGUACAAACAGCAGUGUCUAAGAAGCGCCUGGAGAAGUUUCUGGCAGGGGAAGACAUCGACAGUGACAUUGUGCGCCAAGACCCCAGUUUCAAUACUGCUGUGAGCAUAUGUGAUGGUUCCUUUGCUUGGGAAAUUUCUUUCCAGGGCUCUCUUGCUUUUGUACCGCAGCAAGCCUGGAUCCAAAAUGCUACUUUGAAGGAUAAUAUCUUGUUUGGAUCUCCACAUGAGGAAGAGAUCUUCAAAAAAGUCAUACAGGCCUGUGCUCUUGCCCUUGACCUUGAGCUGCUGCCUGGAGGAGACCUCACUGAGAUUGGAGAGAAAGGCAGCAAUCUCUCAGGGGGUCAAAAGCAGCGUGUGAGCUUAGCCAGAGCAGUCUACAGUCAGGCUGAUAUUUAUCUAUUAGAUGACCCUUUGUCUGCUGUGGACUCCCAUGUAGGAAAGCAUCUAUUUGAAAAUGUAAUUGGACCCAAUGGAAUACUUAAAGACAAGACUCGUAUCCUGGUGACUCAUGGCAUAGGCUUCCUGCCUUACGUGGAUGAAAUAGUGGUUUUGGAGAAUGGAGUCAUUUCUGAAGUUGGAUCCUAUGAAAACCUUCGUGCCAGUGGAGGAACUUUUUCUAAGUUUCUUGACACAUAUGCCACUGAGCAGAACAAUCAGAGAAAUUCAGAAACAGGUGAGGGCCAGGACGCAGAAGACUUUGAGCUCAUCCCAGAUGGAGACUAUGCCCAACCUGACGGUGCUUUGGAGGACACUGUUUCUCUUACACUGGAGCAAGAAAACAGCAUCCGCCGCAGUCAGCGCAAUGGCAGAUUAAGAAGAAAUAGUUCCAUAAAAAAAUCUGCUGAUGAACCACAGAAAGGCCAGAAGCUUAUAGAGACGGAAACUAUGGAAACAGGACAGGUGAAGUUUGCAGUGUUCUUGCAGUACCUGCGAGCCAUGGGCUGGGGAUAUUCUGCCAUGGUUUUCCUGAUUUACUUCAUCCAGAACGCUGCUUUGAUUGGUCAAAAUCUGUGGUUGAGUGACUGGACCAGUGAUUCUGUGGAGUACUACAACAUGACAUACCCUUCCUGGAAGAGGGACACAAGGGUGGGAGUGUUUGGAGCUCUUGGAGUGGCUCAGGGUCUCUUUGUGUUCCUUGGCACACUGCUCCUAGCCAAUGCUUCCAUUGAUGCAUCUCGUAUCCUGCAUUCACGACUUCUUAACAACAUCCUGCGAGUUCCUAUGGUUUUCUUUUACACUUCACCUAUUGGAAGAGUGAUCAACCGCUUUGCAAAAGACAUUUUUACCAUAGAUGAGACCAUUCCUAAUAAAUUGCGCUCCUGCCUUCUGUGUCUGAUGUCUGUACUGGGGACAAUAUUUGUCAUCUGCAUGGCAACUCCUUUCUUUGCCAUAGUUAUCAUUCCUCUGGCUCUAAUCUAUUUCUUUGUACAGCGCUUUUAUAUUGCCGCUUCAAGACAGCUGCGCCGGCUGGACUCGGUGUCUCGCUCACCGAUAUACUCUCACUUUGGUGAGACGGUGUCUGGCCUGUCAGUGAUAAGAGCCUACAGGCAUCAAGAAAGGUUUCUUAAACACAAUGAAGUAACUAUAGAUGAGAACCUCAAAAGUAUCUACCUGCGGAUCGUGUCUAACAGAUGGCUGGCCAUACGUCUGGAGUUUGUUGGAAACCUGGUGGUGUUUUUUGCUGCUCUGUUUGCUGUCAUUUCCAGAGAUUCUAUUGACAGUAAUGUGGUUGGCCUAUCUGUAUCAUAUGCCCUUAAUGUAACCCAGACCCUCAACUGGCUGGUGAUGACGACCUCAGCGCUGGAGACCAAUAUUGUAGCUGUGGAGAGAGUGAACGAAUACACUCAGCUUAAGAACGAGGGUGAUUGGGUAACUGACACUCGACCUCCACAGAUGUGGCCAGAGGCAGGAAGAGUGCAAUUUGAGAACUACAAAGUCCGUUACAGACCUGAAUUGGAUUUAGUGCUGCAUGGAAUCACUUGUGACAUCGACAGCACUGAGAAGAUUGGUAUUGUCGGUCGCACAGGAGCUGGGAAAUCAAGUCUUACCAACUGCCUGUUUAGAAUUAUUGAAGCUGCUGAAGGUCGCAUCCUCAUUGAUGAUGUAGAUAUCGCUACAAUAGGCCUGCAUGACCUGAGAAACAGACUCACAAUUAUACCACAGGAUCCCGUUUUGUUCUCGGGGUCAUUGAGGAUGAAUCUGGAUCCAUUUGACAAGUUCAGUGAUGAGGAGAUUUGGAGAUUGCUGGAGCUCUCUCAUCUAAAGAGCUAUGUAUCAGGGCUGCAGGAAGGGUUACAGCAUGAAGUGGCAGAGGGAGGAGAAAACCUCAGUGUUGGGCAGAGGCAGCUGCUGUGUCUGGCUCGAGCUCUCCUGAGAAAGUCACGUAUCCUAAUUCUGGAUGAAGCCACGGCAGCUGUUGACCUGGAGACAGACAACCUGAUUCAGAACACCAUCCGCAAAGAGUUCUCAGACUGCACAGUCCUUACUAUCGCCCACCGCCUGCAGAGUAUCAUGGACAGCUCUAGGGUAAUGGUGCUUGAUGCUGGAAAAAUAGUGGAAUUUGAUUCGCCAAACAACAUGCUUGAAAAAGAAGGUCAUUUCUACGAUGAUGCUGGGAUAACACUAGAAAGCAGCGUGCAUUUAUAACUUUGCACUUGUUUUAUAUAUGAUUUAGCUGCAACAAUUUCAGGUUUCAGGUUCCAUAAAAUGUACUAAUUGUGUUGUGAGAUUGUUUUUUUUUUUUUAAAUUAGGAUAGCUGUUGGGAAAAAAACACACACAAAAAAUGAAAGAUACAACACAAAAGUGUAAUGUCUAGUGUAAGGUGUGAUUACAGGAGGUUGAGGGUCAUAUAAAAACUCGUCUGGGCUUCUUUUGCAGUUGUUGUAGCAUAUGUUGGGUAACUCUCUAUACAGGGGUGGGAAACUGAUUUUCCCAAGGGACCAAAUAAGAAACAGGCUCUGAUGAGGAGGGCUGUUGUGAAAGGAGGCAGACCCAGUUUCUCAUAUGCCCGCUUGGGGAAUUAAUUGGCCACCAUUGCUCUAUCCUGUGUUUGUUGCAAACUCCCUUCUACAAUUUUUUAGAUUUUUACUUUGAAAUUCCUUUAAUUUCAUGCUAACAUCAGCUGUCAUUCCGUUAUGUUUUGCUUAUUAACAUAAUAAUAGUGCUAUUUCCACAUGCUGAGUGCAUGAAGAGUGAUGUUGGUGACAACCAGAUAAUAUUUUCCAUUUUUUUUAUUACAGUGUAAGAUUGCAUCCAAAAGCAGAUAUUACCUACUGUUGUAAUUAAGUGAUAUGAGACAAUAUAUUGAGGAGAAGAGCAAAGAGAAUGAAAAGAGACAACAAAGCAGGGGAAUUGGAAUACAUGUGUCUCUAAAGUAUGAAGAACUAUUCUUGAUGUAUAUUUAUUGAUCCAUUUAUCUGCCUUUAGUUAUUUUUUUGUUUUGUUGCACUUUAUUCUAAUUAAUGGGUUUUUUUCAGCAUGUAGAAUAGGAUAGCACUUGAAAAAAUUGUGGAAAGACUGCUCAAGGUGAGGCUUGAACUCACAACCUCGGCAUUGCUCUACAAUGUACUGUCAUAUAAGUACCACACGCUAACCGAUUGCGCCACUGGAGCACCAUUUUCCAUAUUGAAUUAAAAACAUACUUUUUGUACACUG